AUGCAACUCACCACGGCCAUUCUCCUGAUUGCUGGCUUGUGCACCUCAGUCCAUAGUCAGGGCUUUGCGGACGAUUGUACCGAUAUCUAUCUCAAGGAAAACUGGCUGGUGGGCACUUGUCCGACCAGCGACGGGAGUGGGACGAUCACCAGCAGUGUCUACCUCCCCAACAAGAUCACCAACAGCGAAGCCACAUUAGCGUGGAAAACCGACGAAUGCAUCCUGCUCGGUGAGGGAGCGACUCUGCAAUGCUACUGCAAGUCCACCUACGCUGCGAACAGCAAGAACACGACCUUGAACCUGGAGGAGCACAUCGCCAACUACGAUGGACAUCUGCUCUCCAACCUGACCGGCAGCGUCACCUCCAUUCCGGCGGACUCGUCCUGGCCGAUCCCCUCCGACUUUGAGGUGCAGCUGCAGGUGUCCAGCUUGAAUAACAACUGUUCGACAAUCGGUGGGUACCUGACCCUGAACGAACCGCAGGACUGCUACUAUCUGAACCUGGGGGUGGAGUACUACUGGUACGCGGCGACGACGGUGAACAACCUGGGGUGGAAGAUUGUGGCGUACCACGAUAGUACCUGCAGCGGGGAUGCGGUGGGCACGUUCACUCCGGAGAAUGUGGACACUUGCCUCAGCUUUGAGGAUGGAGUGUCGGGCUUCGCCGUGAUUCCGCUGUGGAAUGCCGACUGA